UUUUAAUAUAUAUUUCUGUGGUCGUGUAUUUCCACCUUCUUCUCCAAUUAACAAAGCCUAGAAAUUUUGGUUACAAGAAAUAGUUGUUGGAUGGAAAAUUUAAAGUCGGCGCAGGAGACAGAUUCAGAGCGGCCCAACCUGCCGCCAGGAUUCCGGUUCCACCCUACCGACGAGGAGCUGGUGGUUCACUAUCUGAAGAAGAAGGCUACUUCUCUCCCUUUGCCGGUGGCCAUCAUCGCUGAAGUCGACCUCUAUAAGUACGAUCCUUGGGAGCUUCCAGCUAAGGCUAGCUAUGGGGAGCAAGAAUGGUAUUUUUUCAGUCCAAGAGAUCGAAAGUAUCCAAACGGAGCACGACCAAAUCGGGCAGCAACGUCGGGGUAUUGGAAAGCAACCGGAACCGAUAAGCCAGUCAUAGCUUCGUCGGAAGGGAACCGGAAAGUUGGAGUGAAGAAGGCUUUGGUUUUCUAUGGUGGAAAACCUCCAAAAGGAAUCAAAACCAAUUGGAUCAUGCAUGAAUAUCGCCUCGCCGAUAACAAAUCCGGUGGUGGAAACAAUAAUAAGCCACCGGGAUUCAAUAUCGGCGGUAAGAAAAACUCACUGAGGCUCGAUGAUUGGGUUUUGUGUCGAAUAUAUAAAAAGACCAACUCGAACAAACCGGGAAUGGAUCAUGAACGAGAAGAUUGCUUUGAUUCUUUGGUUGGGUCCAUACCGUCAUCGAUACAAAUCAAUAGCUACAACCAAUCAAUGACGACGACCACAACGGCAACGAACUUUAGUAUGUAUUCUGAAUUAGCCUCUUUGUCGCUUCCAAUGAAACGGUUGCUGCAACCACCAUCGUGGGAGGAGGAAGAGUAUCGGUUGGCCGACAAUCGAUCCUCAAGAAAAAGAUUACAGUUAAUGAACGGAGGUGGUGGCGGCGACAACUCAAUCGCGGCUCUCCUCAGUCAGCUACCGUCGCUGCAGCAGCCGACAUUGCAAGGUUGUAUCGUCGGUGAUGAGAUUUUCCGGCCUGCAUUUCAACUGCCGGAGACAAAUUGGUAUUCAUAACACACAACUACAAAAUUGAAUUGGUGGGUACGUUAUAAAUUUAAAAAAGAAAAAAAGAAAAAAGAAAGAAAGAUCAAAUAUGACACAUUCAAAGUUGAUUGCUUACCUAAAAUAUACAGCUGAUUUGAUAUUUAGGAGAUAUUCUUAAUAUUUUGGGGAUUUUAAUGUUUAGCACAGAUUGAAGAUAAAUGAUAAAACAAAGAAUAUCGCUGAUAAUUAUUAAGUUUUUUAAGAAAAAAAAAAUCGAUAUAAGGGGAAAGGGAGUUUGGAUAAAUUUGUUGUAUAAAUGAACUAAUUCUCUGCAAAAUGGUGGUCUUAAAAUUAAAUUACCCCAAGAUAGGUUUUGCUGUGUGAAUAUUGGUCAUGUCAAUAGUGGAAAUGGGUUAUGUAAAAUAUAUAUAUAUGUAUACACAAAGCUAUUCUACUGAUUAUGUGUAAAGAACUAGAUUGACAUAACCCUAAUUAUUUUUUUUAGGGUUUGGAGAUUAUAUAUGCGUGUAUUCACAUACUUAGCUUGUCAUAUAUAUAUAUACAAGGAAAUGAAAGAAUUAAUAUAUAUGGUUUGAUUUUUAA